UCCCGCUUGUUUACGUUACCUGCGGAGCUCAUAUGGAAGAUAUUCAACAAUUUGAGCCAGGUUGACCUUAGUAUUGCACGACUGGUCUCUAAAACGUUCCUCAAGUAUUCUGACGACCCUUCUAUGUGGCGACAUAUUCAUUUGAAAAAGUCUAUCCAUCUAUCGAAGGAGGAUGAGCGUCAAAAGGUAUUAUGGAAACUGACAGAGCUCGUACCAAUACUCCAGCCUCAUCUUUCUCUCAUUCGGUCUAUCAGCAUCUGUGGUGUUCGUGAUAAUAUCGUACAGUAUCUUUUAUUGAAUUGUCCCAAUUUGGAAGAAUUGACGAUUGACGGAUGGACGACACUCUCAGAACACGCAUUUGACUUAACGAAGAAGUUGGAAAGGAGAUACUAUCCGUCGCUGCCUCUACGCAAAUUGAAACUGCUGAGUGUGAGGGGUAAUUAUUAUACGUCAUUGGACGCAGCGGCUUUUGGCAGACUUAUGCACCAUUGCCCUCAUUUAGAGGAAUUGUCUAUUGUUGGCUGUCAAAUUCACUUGCAUGCAGAUUAUUUACUUCGUUCAAUUACAAAGGAAACUGUUCCUCAAACAUUCACAAAUUCACUAAGAUACAUUACAUUGGCGACGAAGAGAACUUGGUCAACACAUCAUAUAAUAAGACUAUUUCAAAUUUGCUCUAGGCUUUGUUGGCUUGGACUAGUGCCU